UCAACGCACGGGACCUGUCCGUUGGAGCUGAUGGAGUGUGUGUGGCGCGGGACAUCUAAUAUUCAGGACACCAGUUUAUGAUCACUACAUUAAAGGAGCAGCACGGAUGACGCGUUUUGCGCCUCGGCAGUUCGAUGAAAGAGGAGACGCGCACAAGAAGAGAUGGGCACCGCUGCUGCACUUUCACCUCCCCGCUGUGGUCGCGCCGCGUCGGUCGGACCCGUAGUGGCGGCGGCGGUGCUGGUUCUGGCGCAGCUGUGCGCCGCUUUUAACCUGGACACGGAGAGACGCGUCGUUUACAGCGGACCGCGCGGGAGUUACUUCGGCUACUCCGUGGAGUUCUUCGGCAACUCAUCCAGUGUCAGUGUUUUGAUCGGCGCCCCGAAAGCCAACACCAGCCAACCGGACAUCACCGAAGGAGGAGCUGUGUUCCUGUGUCCCGGAAGCCAAGCUAACUGCAGCAUGAUCGACUUUGACAAGCAAGGUGAUCGAUAUUUUUACAUAAAUGGCGUGAACACUCAGGUUGAGUUCAAGUCCCAUCAGUGGCUAGGAGCUACUGUGCGUUCCCAUGGCAACAACAUCCUGGCUUGUGCUCCCAGGUAUUACUGGAGGACCGAACACGACCUACCCUUUUCCGACAUCACAGGAACCUGCUACCUCUCUGUCGAUGGUCUCAAAACGUUCGUGGAGUACGCCCCCUGCCGGACAGAAAGACAUGGACCUGUUGGACAGGGCUAUUGUCAGGGGGGAUUUAGUGCAGACUUCACCAAGGACGGCAGGGUUGUGCUUGGAGGACCGGGCAGCUUCUACUGGCAAGGCCAGCUGAUCUCAGCCACCACAGAGGAGAUAGUGAAGGCUUACUACCCCUCCUACUUUCUGCUGUCCGUCGCCGGGCAGAUUCAGACACGGCAGGUGCAGGGGAGCUAUGAUGACAGUUACCUGGGUUAUUCUGUGGCUGGUGGCGAGUUCAGUGGGGAUGAUGAUGAAGAUUUCGUCACCGGAGUUCCAAAAGGACUCAUGCUGUAUGGAGCAGUGUCAAUAUUAAAUGGAAGGGAUCUGACGUCUCUGGUCAACUUGACAGGGGAGCAGAUGGGGUCCUACUUCGGCUAUGCGGUGGCAGCCACCGACGUCAACAACGACGGUUUGGAUGACCUGGUGGUGGGUGCUCCGAUGUUUAUGCGUCGAGGGGUCGAUGGGCGUCUGGAGGAGCUGGGCAAGGUGUAUGUGUACCUCCAGAGGGGCCCUCUGCUGCUGGAGCCCAGCCAGUCCCACCUCCUGGGUCAACAGGCCUUCAGCCGGUUCGGCACGUCUCUGGCACCGCUGGGUGAUCUCAACCAGGAUGGAUUCAACGACUUGGCCGUCGGCUGUCCCUACGGAGGAGACGAGCAGGAUGGACUGGUCCUCAUUUAUAACGGUCACGCUGGAGGACUGAUGGACACGCCGACUCAGACUCUUUCUGGCCAAUGGGCUUCCAGCUCUUUCCCAGCCAGCUUUGGCUUUGCCCUGCGAGGCGACAGAGAUCUGGACCAAAACGGCUAUCCAGAUCUGGUUGUUGGUGCUUUUGGGGUUGAUAAAGCGGUGCUAUACAGGGCCCGGCCGAUAGUGAGCGCCAGUGCGUCUCUGACGGUGCAGCCGACCAUGUUCAACCAGGAGGAGAAGACGUGUGAGCUGGUCACAGCGAAUGAAACCGUCGCUGUGUCAUGUGUCAGCAUCGGAUUCUGCCUGCUAGCUAAUGGAAAGCACCUCCCCUCUCCUCUAGGCUUUGUGGUGGAGGUCCAGCUGGACAGUGUGAAGCAGCACCAGAAGGACUCCGUCAGGAGGACCCUGUUCCUGGACACCCAGCGGCCCAGUCUGCACAAGACCCUGCGCCUCACCAACGGAGAGCGCCUAUGCCACGACGCCAGGAUCUACCUGCGGAGCGAAGACGAGUUCCGAGACAAACUCUCCCCCAUUUUCAUCAGCCUCAACUUCAGUCUGGAUCCUCAGGCCCCAGUGGACCGGCAUGGCCUCAGACCAAUCCUGAAUUAUGAGACAGAACAGCGUAUUGAGCAGAAGGCCCAGAUUCAACUCGAUUGCGGAGAGGACAACAUCUGCGUCCCUGACCUUGAGCUGGCUGUUUACGGUGACAGAGCAGAAGUUUACCUGGGUGGUGAAAACUCCCUGAGCCUGACGUUCAACGCCAGGAACGAGGGAGAGGGAGGGGCGUACGAGGCCGAGCUCUACGUGGUGCUUCCCCCAGAGGCCGACUACAGCGGGAUAGCUCGCAACAAUGUGAGCUUGACUCAGCUGACGUGCAGCUAUGAGGCAGAAAACCAGACCCGCUACCUCCUGUGUGACCUGGGAAACCCCAUGAAGUCUGGUACCAGUUUAUGGGCCGGCCUCCGGUUCACGGUGCCCAGACUGAAGGACACUCACAACACUGUACAGUUUGAGCUCCAAAUACGAAGCAAAAAUGUAAACAACUCAGAGAGCGAGGUGGUGCUGUUUGAGCUGGAGGUGGCUGCCAUGGCUGACGUCAUUUUGCAAGGUGUUUCUCGCCCAGACAAAGUCAUCUUUCCCCCUCCGAACUGGAGCAUUACUCAGAGUCUGAGGGGCGAGCGGGACGUCGGCCCUGAGCUCCAGCAGGUCUACGAGUUAGUGAACAACGGUCCCAGCGUGGUCAGCCAGUCCACUUUGGAGGUGCGCUGUCCUCUGAGGGCUCACGGCCACGAGCUGCUCUACCCCGUGGAGGUGGUCACCGAGGGCCCGCUCAGCUGCUCCUCCAAACACACCUUCAAUGCACUGAAACUCAAGCUCCAGCCUCCAGCAGCAGGGCUAAAAUCUAGCGCUGAGCACCUGAUCCGGAGGAGGGAGGUGUCCCGAGAUCUUCUGGCUGAACAAGGAAACUUGACGUGCUCGACGGUGGAGUGCUGGCUGCUGCAGUGUCACGUUGGGCUGCUGGAGAAAGGCGCCAACGUCAUCCUGACUUUGCGCUCCAGACUGUGGGCCGAGACCUUCAUCGAGAGGGCCUAUAAGCAGUAUGUUCUAGAGUGCUCUGUCCAGUACAAGGUGGACAGAAUGCCAUAUUCCAUUGCUCCCAAAUUCAAGCCAUCAGGAUCCAAAAAGGUGGUGACGACCGUGCUGUGGAACAAGCCGGACAAUCCGUUCCCCGUUCCAGUGUGGAUCAUCAUCCUGGCUAUUCUAGCUGGGUUGUUGUUGCUCGCCCUGCUCAUAUAUCUACUAUACAAGAUGGGCUUCUUUAAACGGUCCGACCCGUACGGCACCACCAUGGAGAAGGCCCAGCUCAGACCCCAGGCGUCCUCUGAAGCCUAGAUCCUCCCCUGCAGCUGCUCCAGAGAACUGGAAUCCUCGUCUCUCUCUUUUGCCAAACAAAUAAGGAAACUAGCUAAUGGGGGGGGGGGGGGAAAGCAGGCAGGCAACCCCUUUAUGAACGGACAGCUCUGGGCGCUGCAUUACCGGACCGGUGGCAGAAAGCCAAAGCAGGAAAGACCGCCAAGGGUCGUGUGGUCGAACAUGAACUGCUGAUUCAGACACGACGCCAACGAGGGGUUCGCCUUGUAAGAAGCUCAUCUCUGCGGGAAAAAAAUGCUUCGUUUGGAAUUUACUCCUCGCAUCUUGUUGACCCGGAAAGGAUUAGAACUUCACGGCCUACAUCAAUACAGGAAAAUAAAUGCACCUCCAACAAAAGGCACUAACGCUACAGUAUUUCUGCAUGCCUAAAAGGUGCAUUCAAGCCAUGUUUGCAAUUCCCGGAGUUCAAUAUGUCUUUGUGUGACUCAUCCACCACUCUUUAUUUAUGGCACAGUGUUUUCCCUUUGUGGUUGUUGAAUGUUGCACUGUGCCGUCUGCAGGACAAUCCUGAUGAAACUACGACACUUAACUUGAACUAACCCUCUCCCAUAUUGGGAGGUUUUGUUGUGUAUGUCGUGUUGUAUGUCAUGUGUUCAUUGCGUUGUGACCCAUUGGUGUUGUGGCCCAGAAUAAAAGCAUCAUUUUGUAUACUC